AUGGCCCUCGCCAACAGACUAGCAAUCCUCCCCGGAGGUCUAGGCGGCCUCGGCACCAGCAUCGGCCAGAAGCUCCGUCAACAAGGCGCGCAGCUAGCCAUCCUCUACGCGCCCUUCGAAGCCGCCCGGCGCGACCAGCUCCUCGAAGCCGGGUACGGAGCAGCUGCUCACCACCACCACAGAAACAUCCACACCUACGAAUGCGACAUCACGUCGCCCGAGUCCGUGGAGUCGGCGUUCGCCAAGUUGGAGGACGAGUUGGUGACCCCAUUGUCUACACGGUCACCGUUGUCAUCAUCAUCGAAUCCAAGACCCUUUCCGAGUAUCCUGAUCAAUACGGCCGGGUAUGUCUCCCUGAGUGACAUGGAGGCGACGACGCCCGAGGAGACGCUGAAGCAUCUUACGACCAAUGUGCUGGGACCGAUGUUGUGCGCGCAGGCGUUCGCGCGGCUUUACUUUGCGCAGACGUUCGCUGCUGAUGGGCAAGAGGCUGCGGGAUCGAGAUCGAUACCGCCGCCGCCGGGGAGGAUUGUGAACAUCGCUUCGCAGGCGGCUCAUGUGGCGUUGCCGCGCCACGGGGCUUAUUGUGCCUCCAAAGCGGCGUUACUGGGCUUGACGCGGAGUAUGGCGUCCGAGUGGGCGGGACGGGGCAUCACGGCCAAUUCGGUAUCGCCCACCGUGGCGUGGACGGAGCUGGGCAAGAAAGCUUGGGGGGAGGCUUCGGUUAAGAAUGCCUUCUUGAAAUCUAUCCCAACGGGAAAGUUCGCUCUGCCGGAGGAGGUGGCGGAUGCGGUGCUGUUUCUCUGUCAGGACUCGAGCGGGAUGAUCAAUGGCGCGGACAUCAGGGUCGAUGGGGGCUUCACUAUCCGGUAG